AUGUUGAUGGUCAUUGGGCCAGAUGAUGCUUCAUUGUUUGAGUGCACAAAGUCGGUGGAUAACGAGAGUACACCCCUGUCGCGGCAGUUAAUGCUGUACGCCUCACUAGAUCUCUUAGAUGACGUUCUAUGGACAACAGGGGAUUUCCUCCUCCCCGCGAUUGAUCGGCCAUUGGAUGGAAAGUACUACGUUUCAGCGUAUGUCGGUUUUGCGCCCAUCAAACUACUACUGAUGCAAGAACAUGAACCCAAUAAAAAUACCCGUCAGCUUAUGAAUGAAGUUUAUGGACUGUGCGUGCGAUAUUUUUUGAAUCCCUUUUCGUCUCCAAACACCCCUGUUCGCUCCACGCUGGGGGAGAAAGUCCGUCGGCUGUAUGAGCGUCACGCGUAG